AUGCAUUCCCAGAACACACCAGCAGAUGUGAAGUGCAUGAUGCGACUAGACAAGAAAAGCUCCUGGACCACCCAUGCUCGCAGGUUCAGGGGACCUUCGACGACGUUCGAGUGGAGCUGCUUGCUUGGACAGACCAGAUAUAUGAUCGCAUCAUCUAGAUUUUCGAGGUCGUCCAGGUCGUCUAGAAUUUACUAUUGCCCAGUGACCUCAACGGAAACAGACACGGUCGCCAGUGGACUUCAAACAAAUUGUAAACCCACCUCACCAUUCUUAUCAGUUUCGCCGCAAUGUUGCAAAGAGCAGAAGAGUAGAUGUUUCCCAUCCACGCCGACUGCGCAUGCCAGCCUGCCAAGUCGUCUUUGUCCUGGAAUAUGCACAGGGAGUCGAUCCAGAGGUAGGCCACAUCCAGCUGACGAUAGACCUCUACAGCUUGCCUGUAAGUUUUGGGCAAUCGUUCGACAAGUACUCGAAGAAUGUCUCUCAGGAUGUAGUGCUGCCAUCUUUCCAGCGGUACUCAAUACCCAUGUCGAAGCUAUCGAGCGACGCAUACAUAUCGACAAAGUACUUUUUAUCGGCCGGUUCGCUUGA